AGUAUUGAGCUUGUGUAGUAGUUUUUCUUUUUGUGAUUAUAAAUGGAGUGUUGGAUUCAAGACCAGUGGCCCCUUAAUGGUGAAAGCUCCUUUGCCGAGAGACAGGCUAUGCUUGAGGCGCAAGUGCUUGGAAGCUUAGCCUCCGGUCUUGAAAGUUGCGGGAAUUUUGAGCAGCGAUUUUGGCCAUACGACCAACUGCUUGUAAAGCAUGAGGAGCUUUAUGGUGCUGGGAAGAGCAGCGCACCGGUUUCGAGCUCGGGACCGGAUGGAUCAUUUAACUAUGCCGCCAGCAAUUUCAACGAAGUGGAGUCGCAGCAGUGCGGAUUUGAGCUCGAAAGCCUGCCGAUUCAAAUGCAAGGGUUUGGUAAUUUUCAGUUCGUUCCCGUGCCAGAUUUUCAAGAUGAAGAUUUCGGUUACGCGGAGCUCAAUCUUCCAGUCUGGCAGACUCAGCCGAAUCUCUCAGAGGUAUGCUGUAGAGAAGCGUCCGCCGAGCUGCCAAGGAAUAGCUCCUUUUAUACGCUGGAAGACGUUAUGAAGAAGUUCCCCCGCGUUGAUCCUCUGUUUAUUCCUAGCCCGCCGAUGAGCCUCAGUAUUCCUCCUUCCCCGCAGUUUUCUUCUGAUACGAGCUUGUCUUCAUGCCAAUCGUUUUCCGGUAGCGUUUCAUGCCCGCUGCCGUCGUUACAGCCGAGCGAGGAGGAGACAGAGCAUUUGAAUCAGCUGAUACAGCUACAGGGCGGCCGUAAGCCGCCGUAUGCUUCCGUAGAUCCGCAGAGCGUCGCGGCUCGUCACAGGAGAAGCAAAAUCCGUGAAAAGAUUCGUUCUCUGGAGAAACUGAUACCCCAGGGUUCGAAACUCGACACGACCAGAAUGCUGGAUGAGGCGAUCAAGUACCUCAAAUUCUUGCAAGCACAAUUUGAUGUUUUGGAAUCCAUGCCUCCCGUCGAUUCCCAGCCAUAUCUGAAAACAAACCCUAAGAUUGCCGAUGAUAAUGUCUAUAUUUAUCUGAAGCCAAAUUUUAAUGGCGGAAAUGAUUUGGCGAUGCAGGGAUCAGGUUCUGCUUCCGCUUCAUCAAAGAAGCUAUCUACUGACCAGAUGCUUCACAGCUUACUGAGUUCGUCUAGAAUUCAAAAGAAGCUCUUUAGCGCGGGAAAAGUCAUCGUUACGGUGCAGCAGAAGGAAAUGCUUGCAUCUAAACGGCCUGAUCUAGCAGGUGAUUUUUCCAAAUUUUUCUUCCACUAAUAAAUAUUUAUGCUUCUUAAUUUUUGUCCAUAGCUCCUCUGAAAUGGGUCAGGAGGUUCAUAUUGUAAUGUCGGCACUGUAACUCUUCUCGUACGUGCCUGGAGGUGUGAAGUUUCGUCUGUCGCCUAUUUUGAAAAUUUUGGCAGAACAAAAUUUUGAUGUCGGAAAAUGCUGUGAAGAUUUUCCUGGAUUGGAAAUAUUGAAUUAAAUUGUCAACGUAUU